AUGUCGGAGACUCAACCAGGUCACGUCCCUAAUGGGGCGUCGCCUACUCCUACAGCUACAGCUACGGCAACCCCCGACGCUACCACGCCUGCUCCAGCCCUAUCCUCUGCUUCGGCUGCCGUUGCUGCUCCUGCGCCAACGCCAAAUCCUGCAGCUUCUCAACCUGCUCCAGCAACAGCACCUGCUCCGGAGCCUCUCGCAGCACCUGCAGCAACUUCGGCAGCUCCAGCUUCCUUAGUGUCUGAUACUGCUGCUCCUGUUUCGUUUCCCCCUCUUCCGCAUAUAUCAACGGAUGAUUUCGAGAGAACUACGGAUCUUACAAGCACCGUUCCAAGUGCGCACGGCACUCAAUGCGCCUCCUGCAGUAUCGGCACCGGCACCAGCACCUACUCUAGGAAGCGCACCGGCGCAAACAUUCUCUGCGCCCCAAACAGUAGCCACGAGCGCAGCGAUGCAGACAUAUUCUUCAGCGCCGGCAUCAGCGCCUGUCCCAGCGCCUCAGGCGGUGUCUACAACUGCACCCGCACCUUCGCAAGCACCUUUGUCUCUACCCCCAACGACAUAUACGCCAGCGCCUUUAUCUGUCCCACCACCGCCUCCAGUAGCGACGUCAGGUCCUUCACAGUCUCCGUCAGUUACUCCGGGGGGACCUCUUCCUCCGUCAAUGUCACAAUACCAGUCAACACCGAACGUUCCAUCAUCGAAUCCUCCGCCGAUGCAAGGGCAACCUCAUAUGGGAUCACCGCAUCCGUCUACUGUGCCUCCAAUGCAAUCAAUGGGUCAUGCGACGAAGGUCAUCCAGUGUGCCGCAACUGUGUCAAAAGCAAACGCGAAUGUUUAGGCUACGACCCGGGAUUCCGACCACAGCCUGCGCCCUCCGAUAUACGACCUGCCAGCAGCACUCCCCAACCUUCGCUUGUCGUGAAUCCGCAAGAAAAUCACACCAACAAUAAUCCUUAUCCUUCUGCUCCCCCGGGUUACAUCCCUGCUUCAGCGCAACCCUUCGCCCCUUCUGUCCAGUCGGACUCUUCAAUUCAGUCGUUCGACCAAUCCAACAACAACCGACAAGGACCUGCCGAGCCCUCUGUAGAGGAAAGCGAUACCAUGUCAAUUAUGGCAAGCGUGCAGGAUACUAUCGACGGUUCCAUGUCUCAACCUGUGGGAACGCCCGAUCUAUCGACGCCAGCACUCAUGCCGCUCCCUGGUCAAAUCAGCCAAGUCGGUCGACAAGAAAAAGUAAAGAUACAAGACCUUUUGGCGCUUCAAGGUAUCGCGCCGCCUCCACCAUAUCCUAUCGUUCCCAUUCAGCAGGCUCGCUUGGACCAAAUACAGACUGUUUACCUUCACACAUACGCGCCAGCCAUAGAUCGGUUUUUGGAAACUCGGUGGUUUCGCGACAAGGGGUUGUCUCAAUUGUUGACCAAUGCGCAACUCAUGGCCCAAUAUUCGGCUCUUAUUGACGCUUUCAAUGACCCAAAAUUAGACGACAUUGCCGUACGAGGGCGCGUGGAAAGCUUUGAAGCUUCUGUUGUAUGGGAUACAAUGUCCAUUUGCCGUUCAGCCCGUAAUCUUGUGCGAAAUGGUUCUACCGAGCCUAUGCAGGAAUACGAUUUACUCACAACGGCGAAUCGGUUCGAUAUUCUAGAAGCUCUUAUCACCGAUGACCAUCUCAAGGACAAUCCAUUACGAGCAGAUCUCGCUCGCCCGCCUUCAACAAACCUGAAUCCUCUUGAGGGUCAAUUGCGUACGCGGUCCUUGAAUUUCUGGAACUGCAUCGGGCACUUCCUCACACUCCACGAUAACGAGGCAUCUUCAGCCGUGGAAAUUGAUGAGACUUUGGCUCGUUGUCGUUCGCUACUUGACGAAAUUGAGAACCGGGACGUCUUGUAUUCCAUGGCUAUUGGACGACAUCUUGGACAGCGUCUAUCAGACUUCCACCCUCGCAACAGACCAGAAAACUCUAGUGACGAAAGAAACGCCAACACCAAGCUCAUUGUCGCGCAGAGAUUUAUCGAAGAUGAAUCUAAAGACAAGGGCACCACGCAAGUUGUCAAACGUCUCUGCGGCAUGGUCCAUAGACUAUGGGAGCUGAAGAAUUUACUGCUACCGCGUGCAUAA